AUGGACGAUGAGACGUACAUUAAAGCGGACGCCAAGCAGAUUCCCGGCAUAGAGUUUUUCUUCGGCAAGUCCCGCAUGGAUGUUCUGGAGAAGUUCCGGAAGAAGAAGCUCGGACCGUGUGAGCGCGUCGCCAAAAGCGUACCGCGGUCCGGAUUCAAUCCAACGGGAGAGGGGGUUCAUUUCAUCACGGAUGGUCAUAGCGGAAACAAAGUACCCGAAGCCGUCCGAAGCUCAGCUCUCGAUUGCCAAAUCGGAAGUCUUCCGUCCAGCCGCCACUCCCUCCGCAACUCUAAUUCGGCCAUACCGCGUACGAGUCACCUUCCGUUGCUGCGCGCCAUACUGCAGCAUGUGAGCGGCACCAUCACGUUUACGCCGCCAUCGCUACACCGCCAUCAUCGAGUCGUCGAGCCCUCAUCGGACAGCAGUCAGCGAUUCAUCACUUCGUUAAGUAAAACCUGCGCAGCCCUGUUGAUAGCGCAACCAGUAGCCUAUAACGCGUACCCCCUGAGGCCACCCACUGAGGGCGAUGUAAGCAACAUCUUCGAGAAUAGCAACAACAACUGUGAUAGCACAGAAGAUGCGAUCCCUCAGGAGCAGCAACAGCCGGAACCUACAACGGAUGCCUUCGAACGUGUUCUUUCUCCGGAGACAACUCUAUACGACACGGAAGCUUCUGGUGAAGAUGAUGGUUCCGAUUUGAGCCAAGCGGAACGGCGGCGACGGAAUUUCACAUUCAAACUGAAUUCGAUUGAACUGAGCGUCAUCGAGGAGAAAACGGACGAAGAUGGAAGUGUCUACCAACAGUCACCGGAGAAGGGUUUUGAGGGUGGUAGAGUGAUAGAAAGUAGUGAAAAAUCAAGGGAAGGCUACCUGUCAAGUCUGGAAGGAGAAGAUGCACUUCGAAAAGAUCAAGCGGUUUUCCGGACCGACUCGGAAGGAAAUGAGGAUUUAGUAAAUUUGGAUGACGAUGCAGUCGCUGAUGAAGAACCUGAAACAGCUGAUAAUGAAGAAGAUUCCAGUGAGCAAAGUCUGAAAGGCUUUGAGGAUGUGGAACAACUUCUGAACAGAAUGCCUCUGGUUCCUACAUUUAAAACGCUAACAAGAUUUCGAUCCUUCGAAUACCCACGCGCUAUUGAAGGCGAAGAUGAUAGCGACGAGGAGGAGGCAUCUCCUCGGUUGAAGAAAUUCAAUCUGAAAGAUUUUAAAAGCAAAAUGCAAUCAGAGAGUAAUUUGGACAUUUCGGAGGGUGACGAUGAAGAGGAGGAAGAAAACCAUGACGACGAUGAUGAGGAUACUAUUGUGCCGGAUGAUGACUUCGAUGUGGAUGCAGCCAUCGACGAGGUGCUGGAGGAAACGUCUUCCGAGGUGCAGAAUGAGAAAUGGGAAAUGCUGAAGCGCACCCUGCACAAAAUCCCAUACCGCGCCAAUUCGUUCGAUUUGUUCGGCGAAAGCAACGAGGAUAUCCUGGAAAAUCUAUUUGAGCAAAGGAGAAAUAAAGUGUUGGAAAGUGCUGGUGAGGAGUUGGGUAGAUCACCAGAAGAUGUGUAA